AUGGCAACCAAAUCAUGGAGUUAUUUCAUUGAAACCCAUACAGGAGAACUCCCUGAAAGCAUGGCUUCGGAUCAACCUGUUCCACUCCCUUCCAAACUGAUCGAGUACCUAAAGCAAGAUCCAGAUAUCCAAUCACAAUUCCGCGGCUCAGAUAUCGCUACUUGUAGCUUCAGUAAGCCGGCCGAAUCGUUUUUGCGUCCUAACCCCUCAAGAACCAAUGCACCGGCUGCACCGGCUCCAACACCUCUUCCUAUCUUCUUGUCACCAUUGACAGGGACAUAUCUCGCAACCAGUUUUGAGUCCACGUCUGUUCACGUCACGGUCCGAGGUUGUCUAAGGUGUCAAGAUACAGAGACAAAAGAUGUUGCAGACCCUACGAUAUCAAAUAAGGCGGCAGAUCCUACCCCUGCGAACGAUCCCGAUCCCGAUCAGCAUAACAACAAUGAUCCGUCGCCCAGUCAGCCUGCCAGGCCGGCCGACAACACGGCUAAGCCGACCCAAGGUGGUGAAAAGACUCUACCAAGUAUUCCAGACGUCGUGAAUACAUUCAUUCACGAUAACCCUUCCAUUUGGACACACGGAAAUCCAGGAGCGACUACGACUAGAAGUGUGACGAUCGGUGGAGUUGUAUUCCCAAUCAAUACUCCCAAACCAACGCAGGCCGAGCCUGAUAGCCAGAACGGAGAUCACAAUAAUCCAAUCCCUCCAAUCAUCGUAAUUGGGUCCGAAACGUUCACACAAGGGCAAACCAAGACUAUCAACGGCGUACCUGUGGUAGUACCCGCAGAUGGUGGUGGAACACGGAUUGUUGUAGGUGGAAGUACGGUUCCUUUCAACCCGGCAACCACGCAAGGCUUACCUGUACUUAUGGUUGGUGGAGGCACCGUCACUGCAAAUUCACAAGGAGAGUAUGUUCUUGGAUCCGAGACGUUGAAGCCAGGAGGCCCCGCGAUUACUAUCAACGGAAAUACGGUCAGCAUGGCACCGAACGGCAUGGCCAUUGUCAAUGGCGCUACGCAGACUAUCGCAAACGUUCCUGUGCCGACUGAAGCCCCCGCUCUAACGGUCGGCAGUCAAGCCGUCUCGGCGACUGUCGUAGGAGGCUCGACGGUCUUUGUUGUAGCACCUGGUCAGACGCUUAGCGCAGGAAGUACGCUCGUCGCUGAUGGCACAACCUACAGUAUGCCCGCAGAAGGUCAAGGUUCAACAAUCGUUGUGAACGGACAGACAUCGGUGUUGGGCGUGGGACAAUCAGCUCUAACUCUUGAUGGCGGGAGAUCCGUUACUGCGCAAGUCGUCAGCGGCACGACAGCCUACGUACUUGCCUCAGAUCAAACCCUCACACCAGGUGGCAUCCUUACUAUUUCUGGGACUACAUACUCUAUGCCCGCGAGCGCAUCCGGCACCGUCAUCGUCGUCAACGGCGUUACAUCCACUUUGGUAGCCGGCUUUGGUAUCACGGCCGCCCCAGCACUGACAAUCAAUGGCGUGACGUACACACAUACUGUACGAGACGGAACAACGGAAUACGUUCUGAACGAUGGAAUAACACUCGCACCUGGUUCAUCCGUAGAAAUCGACGGAACAACCUACUCUUUAGACUCACAAGGAACCGCCUUGAUCAUCAACGGGCAAACCAGCACCAUGCCCAAGCUUCCUAAGAGUAACAGCGCCAGCACAACACGCCCAGCUUCAUCUUCUACCACGAGUAGUCGCGAUGCUGGAGACUUGAUUGCGAGCGGAAUUGGAGAGACUAGUAAGGCGGACGGAGCUUCUACGUAUGUAGGUGGGUUUGACAAGUGGAUUGAGAGUCUGGUUAUUGGCGCUGCGGGAUGGCUUACUUUGCUGUUGUGA